UUCACUCUUCAAAUUCCAAAACCAUUUCCUUCCAAUGGAGACCCAAACCCACGAAAACCCCUCUCCCGGAACCCUGCCGGAGCCACCCACUUCGGCGUUUCCGGCCUCCGUGGUGGAUAAAGUGAAAGCCAACUUGGUUUUCAAGUCCAAAUGGGCCGAAUUGAAUGGCGCAAUGGGGGAUUUGGGGACUUAUAUCCCCAUAGUCUUGGCCUUGACAUUAGCCAGGGACUUGGAUCUCGGCACCACAUUAAUCUUCACCGGCGUCUACAAUAUCGUCACCGGCGCCAUCUACGGCGUCCCGAUGCCCGUCCAGCCCAUGAAGUCCAUCGCAGCCGUGGCCAUCUCCAACCACGCGUUCGGCAUCCCGGAGGUCAUGGCAGCCGGAAUCUGGACGGCGGCGAUUCUCUUUGUACUGGGCGUUACAGGCUUGAUGCAGGUCGUCUACAAGCUGAUCCCGCUCUCUGUGGUUCGCGGAAUUCAGCUGGCUCAGGGCUUGUAUUUUGCCAUGACAGCCGUUAAGUACAUAAGAAAAGAGCAAAACUUUUCUCAGUCCAAGUCGGCUGGGGAGAGGCCUUGGCUCGGCUUAGAUGGCCUGGUUUUGGCUCUCGUUUGUGCUGCUUUCAUCAUCUUUGUCAAUGGAGCAGGCGACGAUGAAGAUGAUCAAAGUGAUGAAACCACUUCGAGAAAAAGAAACAGGCUGAGAAAAUUCAUAGCCAAUCUUCCUUCGGCUUUCAUUAUCUUCUUGCUCGGCAUCAUCUUGUCGAUUUUGAGGGAGCCUCGAGCAGUGAAAGGGUUCAAGUUUGGCCCGUCUUCCCUGGAAGUUGUAAAGAUAUCCAAACAGGCGUGGAAAGAAGGGUUUUUGAAGGGAACAGUGCCUCAGCUUCCACUAUCAAUUCUGAACUCCGUGGUUGCGGUUUGUAAGCUGUCGUCCGACCUUUUUCCGGGGAAGGAAUUCACGGCGACGUCGGUGGCAGUCACGGUAGGGGCGAUGAACCUGGUGGGGUGCUGGUUCGGAGCCAUGCCAUGCUGCCACGGCGCCGGGGGGCUGGCGGGGCAGUACAAAUUCGGCGGGCGCAGCGGCGGCUGCGUGGCGGUGGGGCUGGUGUUGGGGAGCUCUUUCGUGAGGGUGUUGGAGCGGUUUCCGGUGGGCGUCCUCGGCGUGCUGCUGCUCUUCGCCGGAAUUGAAUUGGCCAUGUGUUCGAGGGACAUGAACACGAAGGAGGAUUCGUUCGUGAUGCUUCUGUGCACGGCGGUGUCGUUGGUCGGAUCCAGCGCUGCGAUUGGGUUUGUGUGUGGGAUUUUGGCGCAUUUGCUGCUUAACCUCAGGAGAGUCAGGAGACUUGGUCAACGUCAAUCUCUUUUAGCGAAUGUUUGACUUUUAAAGAUAUGUACGUGGAAAAAUCAAAGUUUAAAAUUGUUAAAAAUAAUAAUAAUUAGAAAAGAACAUGUCAUUUUUAUUUGUAUAAA